AUGAAGAUUCUCCUCAAUAAGGGUCCAGAGCAGUGUGGAGUGCUUUCGGUACUGCUGGUGCUACUGAUCACAUCCCAAGUCUGUUCUUUGCAAGGUGACAAUGUGUGCUAUCGAUACGAGAGCUAUGCCGAAACGGAAACCAUUCCACGCAAUCAAACAGUGCAGGUGCUAACGCGACAGUGGUGUCUGGAGAUCCCACCGAGAUGCACCUCGUAUCGAACAGAAAUUAAGGAAGUGUUUGUUAAACAGAACGUCACCAAGACACGGCGGGUGGAAUUCUGCUGCGAAGGGUAUCAGGAACGGCGCACCGGAAACGGAACCAGCGGCGAGUGUCGUCCAAUAUGCCGCGGUGGGUGCAUCCAUGGCGAGUGUACGGCACCGAACGUGUGCUCUUGCGAGGCUGGUUUCGGGGGCAAAUAUUGUCUGCAGAGGUGCCGUAAUGGAACGUGGGGUGUGAACUGUCGGAAUCGAUGCCAUUGUCAGAACUUUGCACAUUGCGAUACAAAAACUGGACAUUGUCGGUGCACUGAGGGCUGGAUGGGAAAAUACUGUGAAACUCCUUGUGCGGCAGGCUACUUUGGGACGAUGUGCGUUAGCAAGUGUAGUUGUAGUACUCGCUCGUGUCAUCCCCAAACAGGAAUCUGUAUGCCGGAUGAUGAGAUAGUAAUGUUUGAUAACAUCACCCGAACGGUAGAGAACAGUUUCUCCUCCGAAAGCACUGAGCGAAUAUCGGCCGAACAAUGGAUCAAAGUUGAGAACUUGACACAUUCGACCACCAGCAGUACUACCACCGACAAUGCCAAUAUUACAAAAACCACUUUUAGCACUGCAAGUACAUUUUCGGAGAUACCUACCUCAUCCACAACGGAAGCUGCCGGACAAAUGCUACCGAAUGCGACCUACGCCGAGUCCUACCACGAGUACCUGCCGAACAACACCGAAAUGAGCAUGGUCCUCACAAAAGGUCACUCACGUACGGCCAGCAACGAAAGUAUGUACGAGCUAGUUACGACCACUUCACGCGUCGAGAUCACCUUCAUCGAUACGGCGGUGAAAAAAAUUGAAGAUCACUCCACGGUUAACAACGCGACCGACGAGGAGGAAGAAUUGCUUUCCAUAUCUAACGACACCGCGAACGAUACGGACACCCAGCUCGUGUAUCUGGAAUCGGAAAACCAUCCCGUACUGGUGGACAUAUCCGGGGAAGGAACGGCCCACAGUGAAGCCAACGAUCGACAAGCGUUUGUGACGAUCUCCUGUUUGUUGAUCACACUAGCCCUGCUCAUAUCGGUUGUAUUUUAUAUGAAGCGUUUAAAUAGGAAAACUCUAGCCAAACCUGCACCCAGUACACCACCGCCAGUAAAGAUUGUCGACGAAAGUGUCCAAACGGGAUCCGAUUCCAAUCGAUCGUCUGAUCCACUUCCAGAUUUGCCGCACGUAACGUACACGAGAGUAAAGCCAAAAUUGCAAAGAAAUGGAGAUAUCGAACACUACGACGUCCCGGCAAACAACAGCUUCAUUCAUCGGGCUAAAUCAUCGCCGUACAACUACAACUUCACUAUCAAUCAAAAGCAUCCACCCAGAAAGUAUAGCCUGGAGCAUAUCUAUGACGAAAUCCAAUAUCCACCGUUGGCGGAAGCGGCGAAUGGUACGACCCAGCCAGAUAAACCAUCAGAAGAUCAGCUGGAUGAGAAGGAUGAAAGCUACUCCAAACAGAUAGUUCUCACGUAG